GACAGCAUAAACAAGUUCGGGAGCAUUGUUUUGGUAAACAGAAAGUCUGUGGGGUUAAAAAUACGGUUUUAAAGGGUAUCACGGAUUUGUUUGUCUAGCAAGUUAAGUUAUGUAAUAGAAAACAACACGCGGGCUUCUCUGUGGGCUUGUUAUGUUUUUUCUUAGCUCACUAACCACAAAGCUAACCAGCUACCUGAUGCUAAUGUUAGCUAACUCAAACUCAGCAUUUAAGUGAUGCUUCGCGGUGGAACAUCAUCCUGUUUUUGUGUCACGUCAAACAGCUCAUAGACAAGAGCAGAAAUAAACACUUUGGAUGGCGGUGGCUCCCGCCUCGAUGGCAGAUAAGAUUAUAGUCCUCGAUGAUGAUGAUGAAGAGGAGAGGCCUCAACCCUCUUGCUCUGCCACCACCUCGUCCCCUCAAGCCAAAAAUGUCUCAGCGCUCAAAGCUCAGCAGCCUGUCCCUACCCACGUUACCCGGUCACCUUUUGCCUCAACGAAGAAGCAGACGCAUGUUCUGCAGGCAGAGAAUCAGAGGUUGUUCACCGAGUUUGUGGAGCACUGCUCAGCUCUCACUCAGGACUGCCCCGAGGUCUUGACCUUCCUCCAAACCAAGCAUUCCAAGGCCUCCCCCGACUAUCUAUCCUCCGUUGAGUUCAGGAACACCUUGGGACGAUGUUUGACUCGCGCCCAGGCAAAUCGUUCCAAAACCUUUGUCUACAUCCGUGAACUGUGCACUGUACUCCAGCAGCAUGCAGUCAAAAAGAAGCAGACCGUCACCAAGGUUGAGCCUGGGCCUUGUACCUCAACGUCAAGUUCUCACCAGUCUACCUCUGUUAUGCUCAAAAGUAAAGACAAGACCGAAGUUGCGAUGGAGGGGGAGGAGGGGGGGGUGAAACCGUCAGUGGAGGAUAAGCAGCCUUCCACUUCAGGGCUGCAGGAGGCUGGGGAGGAUAAUAAAAAGGAGGAACAGGGUGCAGAGAAAAAGGCAAAGAGGGCAUCCAGGAAACAGAUAGCGUACCUGGAGAACCUGCUGAAGGUGUACAACGACGAGAUCCAACGCCUGCAGCAGUCUGAACUGAAUUUAGACGACCUGGGAUCUGAUGAAUCUAUAUACAUCCAGGAGCACAAGCUCAAACGCAAGAUGAUGAAGAUUUAUGAAAAGCUGUGUGAACUAAAGGGUUGCAGCACACGAACAGGCCGAGUCAUUGAGCAUAGGAUCCCCUAUGCUCGCACUCGUUAUCCUGAGAUCAACAGGAGGAUCGAGCGGUUCAUCAACAGUCCAGAGGCACAGAGGAACCCUCCAGAUUACCAGGACAUCCUCCAGCAGGUGCUGCGUGCCAAUGAGCGCCACAGCCUGUGCCUGAGCAGAAAACAGCUGAUCCAGAUGGCCCAGGAGGCUUUCAGAGAUACAGGGAGCCUCUUGCAGGAGAGACGUCACCAGGACCUGGUGUACAACUUCGGCUCGCACCUCACUGACUCCUACAAGUGGGCCUCAGACCCGGCUCUGUCCGACCAGUCGCUGCUGCGGAGGCUUCAGUCGAACAGAGAAGUGGCUCUGUCCCAUCUGGAGGAGGUCAUCAACAAGUAUGCCGUCAAACAGGAGGACACAGAGGAGCUGGAGAGGGCCAAACGACGGGAGAAAAACAGCAAGGAGAAAGAGGGCCACAAAUCAGAAAAGGAAGAAGAAAAAAAAGAGGUGAACGGAGUGGCAGAGGAGGAAGAAGAAGAGAUAGAGGAGGAUGACGAUGAAGAAGAUGAAUCGUCAGACCCAGACAUCGAGGAAGAGAUCCAGGCCAGCACUCAGCAGGAUGGACCAGACGAUGAUGAGAACGAGGAAGACAACAGUAACGAGGCUGAUGAAGCAUGUGAUGGUACCAACAAGGAAGAUCAGACAGACCAGGUGUCAGGAAGCGUCUCUGCAGGGGAAGUAGGAAGCAUGAAAGAUGAGGACGAGGAGCCGAUCACAAGUGGACUCAGUCCUCUUUCUGAUGAAAGCAAGUCCCAAAUAUCUCCUGACGUCCCCUCCCCGAGACACAGCCCCAGCCAAGCAGAGCCAAUGCAGAAUGAUCGCCAGAGGCCAUUGUCUAAUGGUAACCUUGCAGGGUUAGAGGAGCCUGUAGAUUCUUCUAAUCAUGUGUCAGUCGUGCUGGUACGCACAAAGGACCCCGCAGCAGUCUCCCCAGUAGCAGCCAAUGGGGUGUCUGUGCACCCCUCACCAGCAGUUAUAGAAGACAAGUGUGACUCACAGACCACCAACGGCACGUCGCCGCCCCCCAGCCCCAGAACUACGCGGAGCCAGAAGAGGAAGAGGGAGGAAAUUUCACCCCAAAACACAAAGCACAAAAUCCUCCAUGGCAGUGAGGUAGAUAUCCCUCUGGAUAUGGGUGUCUUUAGCUGCAGUUCCCCGCAGCAGGCAGAGCCAGGCCGAGCAGACACUCCAACCCAGGAAAUAGUCAGCAGCUCACAGCUGACGCCGCCUCCCAAGAAAAACAAGGUCAACGUGGCCACCCAGUGUGACCCAGAUGAGAUCAUCGUCCUGUCAGACUCAGAAUGACCUUUCACCUUUGACCUCUCACUGUGCUGCAGGAAUCCUCCCCAUGCCACCUGUAUUCUGGCACUAAUGACCAGAAAGAGCGCCUCUCUAUGGAUUGUCCUUAAAAAUAAAAAGCCUCCCCCAAAUCAAAAUUAUGAAAUUGUUGAAAUCUAAAGUUGACAGUCUGUUUGUAUCAAAAUACACAACAGCCAGUCACAGCAAUGGAAGACAGAGAUAGCUAUAAAUUUCGUACCUCCUGUCGUAUUAUUAGAUAUUGUUAAACAAAAGCCACGUGGUUUUGUACAGUUCAGUAAGAUAAGGAAGAAAGCAGCUUUUUGGAAGACCGGGGUUUGGAGAACCCUCUUCUUCUGCUGUGUGCACCACAGAAUACAGCUGUCGUUUUCUCCCAGCAGAGAAAUAUUGGCUGACUUUGACCUCAGCUGACUUUUUUUGGGUGCUGUAAAGAUCUCAGUCUAUCGGGUGAUUCAAGCAGCCGAGCUUCUGUUGCCUGCUCCCUGCCUUUCGGUGCAAUACUACUAAUGCGUGUGCAUCCAGUUGGUAGUAGCAUUGAUAUGAGCUUUCUCCUGCUCUGAACACAGAGCUAAAAUGACUUCUCUUGUCUCUUGACUUGAACUUUUGUUAGUGUGGUUUAGGUGAGAAAUCAGUGCCUGAACGAAUGAGCUGUGCAGUCGGGACGCGCGGCCCCAACGGGAAGUUUUGUUUUCCCAGACACUCGACCGGGGAGGGCUGCAUUAGCUCUCCACCAGUUUGUUUACAUUUUUAUAUUUCCGUCGUACUCUUUUCAUAAAGGACAGGGUGGUCUCUGCAGAAUAGCAUUCUGAGAUGACAUUGAGUCACUGUUAGUAUUUAUGCAUUGAAUUAGAGAGCUGUGUGGUGGUUUGUACUCUAAUGUUAGCGGGAUGCGUGGACUGCAGCAGUGCUGAUGGACAACACUGACAUCGUAAAAUGUUUCUUUUUGUGUUUCCUCCUUAAGCAUAUUUCUGUUUUUAUGUUUCUAAUAAAGCAAGUUAUGAUUUUUAUUCACACCAAUGUCUGCUGCAGGAUAGCCGAAUAGUUUCUAGAUAGGUAUUGGUUUGAAUGAGGGCCUCUAUCAAGCUAAUACACAAAUGUCUGAAGGAUAAGAUCAGCAAUAUUCUGUUUUUCUUAUAGUCAACAAAUCCAUUGAAAAGACCCAAAUUAUUGAUGAACUGUUAACUGUGUAUCCAAAGCCGGAUAUGUCUCAUUCCUCUGUGUCAUAGAGCACGUUGUUGUCCACAAGCUAAAAACUCACCAAUGAGCCACACUGUCGUCUACACCUUCCUGCCCCUGGAAGUACUCACAAGAGCACCACAUGAGUAUUAUUCCACGGCUGAAAAUGGUCCCAAACAGAUACACUUAAUACUAAGCAUUGUCCCGUUUCUGAGCCUGAAGCUGUUUUGGUCUUUGCAUGGGAUUUGUUGAAAUGGAGAAAAGCCUUGUCCUUUAAGUAGCUGACGGACAAAAGUGAUUCCUCAAGAUUCAGACACAUCUCAAAGCAAAGGAAGGGAAGUUAAGAUUAAAGUUGCUCCUUCAAUGCGUCCUCACAGUUGAGUCUCACCAUGACAGUGAUGGAUUCUACCUGUGCCACGAUCCAGCCCAGAUAACGACAUUUAUUCACCUGGUCCUCACAGGUUCAGCCCAGCCAAAAUCAAAACUCUCCACACUAGUUUUGUCUAAAUCCAAACAAAGGUCAAACCAGUUCUGUUGACACAAAUGACACAGACUGACCCAGUUAAAGAUCCUAAACACCUGAGUCUAAAAAAACUGUCCUCAGUAACUGAGUGUUCCUAAAAGAUAUAAGAAAGAGAUCCAGUUUGACUCUGACACACACACUUACUUAUUACUUUUAUAUUUAUAUUUUCAAUUGUUAGUGCUGUACUUUGUCAAUCCUUAUGCCAAGCCCCACUUUUGUUCUUUCCUCCUGAAUCCCCCUUUUAAAAAAAAAAAAAAAAUCUGCUUUCUAAAUUUAGCAGGAGUGAAAUGGUAUUUUGGAGUACGUGCUCUUCAAAGUUACUAGAAGGUAGACCUGGAAUGUAGUUGACGUGACUAUGACCUGUCAGGGCUCAUUUAUGCAGAGGAGUGAUCCAUUGUUCACUGUGAAUUUUUUCUUUUUCAUUUUUGAUAAUAAAAUAAAUGAUAGUUUUUUAUUAUACAGCC